AUGGCUGCUCCAAAACCAGAGGAAAUUAGUCAUCCCCCAAUGGACCAACUUCAGGGCUUAGAGUAUUGCAUUGAUUCUAAUCCUUCAUGGGUGGAGGCUAUAGCUCUUGGAUUUCAGCAUUAUAUAUUGGCGUUAGGCACUGCUGUGGUGAUUCCUUCAUUUCUUGUUCCUUUGAUGGGUGGAAAUGAUGAUGAUAAAGUGAGGGUAGUUCAGACUUUGUUGUUCAUUGGAGGAAUAAACACAUUGCUGCAAACUUUGUUCGGUACUCGAUUGCCGACCGUUAUUGGUGGGUCGUGGGCGUUCAUGGUACCUAUAAUCUCGAUAAUUCAUGAUCCAUCCUUGGAAAGAAUUACGGACCCUCGCGUGAGAUUUUUGAGUACAAUGCGGGCAUUACAAGGCGCACUUAUAGUGGCGUCGAGCGUGCAGAUUAUUCUUGGGUUUAGUCAGUUGUGGGCUAUAUGUUCGAGAUUUUUCAGUCCACUCGGGAUGGUCCCGGUAAUUUCUCUGGUGGGUUUUGGUCUGCUUGAUAAGGGCUUUCCUGUGGUCGGACGAUGUGUAGAAAUCGGCAUCCCAAUGUUUAUCUUAUUCGUCGCCUUCUCGCAGUACUUGAAGCACUUCCAAACAAAACAAAUCCCGGUACUCGAGCGAUUUGCACUUCUCAUAUCAGUGACAGUUAUAUGGGCUUAUGCACAUUUGUUGACUGCAAGUGGCGCUUACAGGCACCGUCCCGAGUUGACUCAGAUCAAUUGCAGAACUGAUAGAGCAAACCUCAUAUCUUCAGCUCCAUGGAUUAAAAUCCCUUACCCGCUGCAAUGGGGUGCACCUACUUUUGAUGCCGGUCAUGCUUUUGGAAUGAUAUCGGCUGUCAUAGUCUCCUUAAUUGAGUCGACCGGAGCAUAUAAGGCUACAUCUCGUCUGGCAAGCGCCACACCUCCUCCGGCACAUGUUCUCAGCCGUGGAAUCGGUUGGCAGGGGAUCGGAAUAUUGUUGGACGGUUUGUUUGGUACUGGUACUGGAUCAACAGUUUCAGUGGAAAAUAUUGGUCUUCUUGGAAGCACUCGGGUUGGCAGUAGGCGAGUAAUCCAAAUAUCAGCUGGUUUCAUGAUCUUCUUCUCCGUGUUGGGGAAAUUCGGCGCACUAUUUGCAUCCAUACCCUUCACGAUAUUUGCUGCUCUGUAUUGCGUUAUGUUCGGCCUUGUUGCUUCGGUUGGGCUGUCGUUUUUGCAGUUCACAAACAUGAACUCAAUGAGGAACCUUUUUAUUACCGGCGUGUCCUUAUUUCUCGGCUUGUCAAUACCCGAGUACUUCAGAGAGUACACAAGUGCUGCUUUUCAUGGUCCUUCACAUACCAAGGCUAGUUGGUUUAAUGAUUUUGUGAACACGAUAUUCACGUCAUCCCCAACGGUAGCCUUAAUAGUUGCGGUUUUUCUGGACAAUACGCUCGACUAUAAAGACAGCGCAAGGGACAGAGGCAUGCCGUGGUGGGUUAAGUUCCGGACAUUCAAAGGGGACAGUCGAAAUGAGGAGUUUUACACUCUUCCUUUCAACCUCAACCGGUUUUUCCCUCCAUCCUGA